GGCCCAGUGGUGCCGACCGCCGCUGCCGCCGCCGCCGCACUGAGUGGCGGCAGUCCCGUGGGUCCGCUGACGGGGGCGCAGGUGGCGCUGCUGGAGCUGCUGUGCCGCAUGCUGGUCGGGAAAGGAAGGUUCCUGGAUGCCGCCCUGGUGUACGGCGCCCUGGGCUGCCGGCGCGCGGGUUCCGGAGCCGACCUAGGGGUGCCGCUCAGGGCGCGAGUGGCGGCGCUGCAGUCCGCGGUGCUGCAUGCCCGGUCCGCGGGUGACUCCGCCCUGGUGGCCCGACUGGACAGCGAUGCCCGAGUGGUGGGCUUCCAGGCGGCCAUUGCGGAGAGGCUGCAGGCUCGACGCGCCGCGGUCGCUUCCUCAGCAGGAGGCAUCGGGAGAGGCGCCGCCGACCCAGGGGUCACUGGCGCCGCCGC